CACUGAUAGGUGGCACUGAUUGGCAUUGAUAGGUGGCACUGACUGGCACUGAUGGGUGACAUUGAAAGGCAGCUCAGAUGAGCACUGAUAUGUGGCAUUGAUGUGCACUGGUAUGCACUGAUAUGUGGCAUUGAUGUGGCACUGAUGGGCAUUGGCACGUGGCACUGAUGGGCACUGGCACGUGGCACUGAUGAGCACUGACAGGUGGCACUUCUGGGGCCACACUGAUCAUCAGGGCACACUGAUCAUCACUGUCAGCGUGACAGCUCGAGAGGAGAGAAAUGCCGAUAACCAGCAUUUCUGUGUUUAUUGGACACAGCUGAUC